CGCUGGGUGCCCCUUCCCCUGCGGGCCAUUUCUCUGCCUAGUCUUCUCUCACUUUGGUCCAGCUCCAAAGCUCGGACUUAGCGUGGACCCGCCCUCCGGGAGAGACAGGGCCGCGACCUGCUCCAUCCCGCUCCCCGCCCUGUAGAAGCCCUGCUCACUCAGCCCCUCACACCGGCUCUCCCCUCUGCCCUUCUCGUCCGCCCUGAGCUAAUGUCUCAGAGGAAAUUUGAGGAAAUCAAGAAGGCUAAUCAAGCUGCAGCCAAAAAACUUGUUGAAGAACACUUUAGCUCUUCAUCUGAAGAAGAAGGAGAUGAAGAUUUUGAAGGCAAACAGGGAAAAAUAGUUGCUAACACAUUUAUAACAUACACUACUCAGACAGAUGGUGAUAUACGUGAAUUAGAGCGAACAAAACAGUAUGUAAAUGAAGCUUUUCAAGCAGGGGCUAUGACAUGCUUAAUUUGUAUUGCUUCAGUGAAGAGAAACCAAGCAGUUUGGAGCUGUUCAGGAUGUUUCUGUAUAUUUCACAUGCCCUGUAUCCAGAAAUGGGCUAAAGACAGCCAAUUUCUUAUAUCUUCUCUGACGGAUGAUGAUUUUGGAAAGAGAGAUUAUCCCUGGCCUUGUCCAAAAUGUAGGUUUGAAUAUAAACGAUCUGAAACACCUAGUAGGUACUAUUGCUACUGUGGAAAAGUAGAAGAUCCACCUUUAGAUCCGUGGCUUGUGCCUCAUUCGUGUGGCCAAGUAUGUGAGAGAGAAUUUAAACCUUCUUGUGGCCAUAAGUGUUUACUCCUCUGUCAUCCCGGUCCCUGCCCUCCUUGUCCAAAGAUGGUCACUACUACUUGUUACUGUAAGAAAGCAAAACCUAUUCCUCGUAGGUGCAGUGCCAAGGAAUGGUCCUGUCAGUUGACAUGUGGGCGGAAGUUGCUUUGUGGACAACAUAAGUGCGGAAAUCCUUGUCAUGCAGGAAGUUGUCAGCCCUGUCCAAGAGUUAGCAGACAAAAGUGUGUUUGUGGCAAAAAAGUAGCUGAAAGAAGUUGUGCAAGUCCACUGUGGCACUGUGAUCAAGUAUGUGGAAAAACACUGCCAUGUGGUAAUCAUACAUGUGAACAAGUUUGCCAUGUUGGUUCUUGUGGAGAAUGUCCUCGAUCUGGGAAAAGGUUCUGUCCAUGUCAGAAAUCAAAAUUUUCUUUGCCUUGUACAGAAGAUGUACCAACUUGUGGAGACAGUUGUGACAAAGUACUUGAAUGUGGAAUACAUAGAUGUUCACAGCGUUGUCACCGAGGUCCUUGUGAAACAUGUAGACAAGAAGUGGAAAAGCAUUGUCGCUGUGGAAAACAUACAAAACGAAUGCCAUGUCAUAAACUUUAUCUGUGUGAAACUAAGUGUGUUAAAAUGCGUGACUGCCAGAAGCAUCAGUGUAGGAGAAAGUGUUGCCCUGGAAACUGUCCACCUUGUGAUCAAAACUGUGGACGGACUUUAGGAUGUAGAAACCAUAAAUGUCCGUCUGUCUGCCACAGAGGCAGUUGCUAUCCCUGCCCAGAAACUGUAGAUGUGAAGUGUAAUUGUGGUAAUACAAAGGUGACAGUACCCUGUGGUCGAGAACGUACCACAAGACCACCCAAGUGCAAAGAACUAUGCAGUCGACCACCAACUUGUCAUCAUGCAAGUCAAGAAAAACAUCGCUGUCACUUUGGCUGUUGUCCACCAUGUCAUCAACCUUGCCAGAAAGUUUUGGAGAAAUGUGGUCACUUGUGUCCUGCUCCAUGUCAUGAUCAAGCAUUAAUAAAACAGACUGGCAGGCACCAGCCUACAGGCCCUUGGGAACAGCCUUCUGAGCCGACAUUUAUUCAGACUACAUUACCUUGUCCUCCAUGUCAAGUUCCUAUUCCUAUGGAAUGUCUUGGAAAGCAUGAGGUGAGUCCAUUACCGUGCCAUGCUAUAGGACCCUACUCUUGUAAGAGAGUUUGUGGACGAACCUUAGAUUGUCAGAAUCAUACAUGUAUGAAAGAAUGCCACAAAGUAACUGAAAUUGAUGGCUGCAUUGGCAAAAACAAGGCUGGCCCAGAAUGCCUUCAUUGUGAAGAAGGGUGCUCUAAAUCACGGCCACUGGGUUGUCCUCAUCCAUGUGUUUUGCCAUGUCACCCUGGAGAAUGUCCACCUUGUGUUCAGAUGCUUAGAAUAAAAUGUCACUGCAAGAUCACAAGCUUAUAUGUUGAAUGUAGAAAAAUAACUACAGCUGAUGUAAAUGAAAAGAACCUCCUCAGUUGUUGCAGAAAUCAGUGCCCUAAAGAGCUUCCUUGUGGUCAUAGAUGUAAAGAGAUGUGUCAUCCUGGUGAAUGUCCUUUUAAUUGCAACCAGAAGGUAAAACUUAGAUGUCCUUGUAAAAGAAUAAAAAAGGAAUUGCAAUGCAACAAGGUACGUGAAAAUCAAGUUUCAAUAGAAUGUGACAUAACAUGCAAGGAAAUGAAGCGUAAAGCAUCUGAGAUAAAAGAAGCAGAAGCCAAAGCUGCUCUUGAAGAGGAAAAACGAAGACAACAGGCUGAAUUGGAGGCUUUUGAAAACAGACUGAAGGGUCGUCGGAAGAAGAACAGGAAAAGAGAUGAAGUGGCAGUUGAGCUAUCACUGUGGCAGAAGUACAAAUAUUAUCUCUUUUCAGUGUGUGGAGCUGCUGCUCUAGUGUUUGCGUGGUAUAUCGCCCAUGAUGUGGAUUGAAAAAGCUUUGAUCUUUUAAUAUACCUCAGAUUGGAUUUAGAUAACUUGUUAAAUUUGUAAUGUUAGAAAAUGUAUAUUGUAGAACAUGGUAUAGAUAUACAUUCACAUUCAUCUCUGUAUUCUCUUUCAGCUGUUGUUAGAAGGACAGAAUGUUAAGCUUUAUCUAAAUUAGUAUAAAUAUAAGAAAGUUUAAAGUAAAGCAUGACUGAAAUUGUAAAAUAUAUCAUAGGGCAUAACUAGUGUCAGUAACACGUUUGUUAUUCAUUGUACUUCUUUGUAUUUAGUUAGUUUCAUUUAAUAUAUCAAACCAACCAGUUUUUUGUGUGUGUGAAAUUCAGAUGAAACUGAGCCAUAUGUGCAGUAAGAGGAAUUUUUCUCAAUGUUUUGGUUACUUAUUAAAGGAUACUUUUUGAUCACGUAGCUUUGUACUUUUUUAAAACCACAGUUCUCUAAAAGACCUCUCAAAUUAUAACUUGAAGCUAUGUAAUUAAAUUCCAGAAGUUGGUUUAUUAGUGAGGAGUUUUUAUUAGUCAUUGAAAUAAAUUUCAUGUAAUGCAUUCCUCAAAAAAUAUAAUUGUUUUUAACAAAAGCCAGGCUAGAUUUCUCACAUGUGGCUAUUUCUUGUGUAAGAAGCUUUUAACUGAAGUUAGCAUGUUUUGUAAUACUUGUAUGUCUUUUUAAAAUAAUAAUAAAAAGAAAACUAAUAUUUAUCAGCAAUAUAUGCUGAGUACAGGGCUUAUUAGCUUUAUGUAGUUUAUUCUUAUUUCCCCUUACCAAAAUCAUAAAUAAAUUACAACUAGAAAUAAUCAGUUCUUAUGAAAACAAACUGCUAGAGAAAUAUCAGUAAGCCAAAUCUGUUUGAAUUUUAAGUCAUUUUAAAUAGUUUUGCUAUUUAAUUUUUUGUAUGAUUAAUGUUUUCAUUAAAAUACUUCAUACCCAAUUUGUAAUCUACAAUAUUCAUUAUUAUUUAAAAUAUUCAGGAGUCUAUCAUUUUAUGUCAGGCAUUAGUAUCAGUGUAUAAAAUUCUAAAACUUGAUGCAGAACUCAGUAAUUGAUAGAUACUAAAAAGUAUCUAACUAAAAAGCAGUAGAAGUGUGUUUUAAACAGAAGUACAAGGGAGGAUUUUAAAAUUUUGCUGAAUUUAACUCAGCAAUUUUUAAUGUUAUAUUCUUUAGGCAAGUAUUAGCUGGUGUCCAGAAAUAAAGGGCAGUCAUUCCUUUCUUUAUGGGCUUUAUGUUUGGAUUUUAGGGUUGUUUUCUUUUUUUUUACCUUUCCUGAUGGUAGAGUUACUGGAUUGGUGUUUUAGAAGCUCUAACUCAGAUCUGCUACAUUCAAGUUAUUGCUCUAACUAAAGUGAAUCUUAAGGAAUCUGAAUCACCAAGUGUCUGUGAGAAGCCGUUUUCAUGUAUUUCCAAAUUUUGGCCUGUUAAGCAAGAGCAAAGCCUAGUUUGUUGGGCUUCUGUUCUUGCUGUUUGUUUUCCGAUUUGUGAGGAGGAAUUUAGUGAGCAAAGGAAGGAGAUUAAAUGAAUGAUAAAUUAA